AUGAGUGAGCUUAUGCCAAACCUUGGCUGUGAGGUAGGAUGUGCGAAGGAAGAGUUUUUUACUCCUGCCAAACUGUCAUAUGAUGGAAAUAAGGUGAUAACUAGUGUGAAUGGGGAAAUCAAGACUUUCAAAAUUCCUAACUCCCCCCCCCCCUCCGUGAGCGAACAAAAAAAUUUUGUUCGCUCACGGAGGGGGGUUAAUUUUUUUUUUUAAAAAAAAUUUAUAUAUAAAUUUUAUAAAAAAUAUUUUUUUCGAAAUUUAAAAAAAUCCUAAUUUGCAAAAAUUGGGAAGCAAAUAUUAAUUUAAUUUGCAAAAUUUAUGUUUUUUUAAAACGCAAUUUGUUUAAAAUUAAACAGAAAUUAGCUCUAGAUUUCAUUAUACUAAUUAUCACUUAUAUAUCCAAAUUUUUUUCCAUAAAAAUUUUUUCUAUUAAAAAAAUUUUUGUUCACUCACGGAGGGUGGGUUUUUGGUCAAAAAAUGGCGAUUUUUCUAAUGGUUUUGUUCGCUCACAGGGGGGGGGGGGGGGGGAGUAAGGAAAAAAGUGAAUUGAAGAUGACUAAUGAGAUAUCGUAUAGGGAAAAAGAAACGAUUUAUGAUUAUUAUUGAUAUUCUGACACUUCAAAAUAUUUUUCUAUCAUAAAAGAUCAUCCUAUUUUGCUACACUCUGCAAUUAAUAACAAAAUACUUAUGAAAUAUACAGUGCAAAACCAUCUCUGUGAGGUAAGAGCUCCACUUUCUUUAAUUCUUGAAGGGGAUUGAGGAAUUUACACAGCUCUUGGAAAUACUGUCAAAUAUUUUGAUUUGGAAACUUCAUUGUGCUAUAGCUUUCCACUUUCAGUAGACGAGCUCAGAAUAAGCCCAAAAUGCAUUAUCUCUGCUAUAGGUGGGAAAGAAGACUUGAUAGCUAUAGGGAAUUAUUCAAAAACUGUUUAUUUAUUCUCAAAGGAUUCAUGCAAAACUAUUGGAAUACUAGAAGGGCAUCAAGGAGGAAUCAUUCAAUGCGAAUUUAGAGACAAUUAUUUAUAUAUUGGUUGCAGAAAGCAAAAUAGCAUUGCUGCAUGAGAUUUGCGAAAUAUUUCAUAUCCAGUGAAUAUAUUGAAUUUUUAUAGGCAGCAUGAAUCCAAUCAAAGGAUUUUAUUUGAUCUGAAUGAAAAUGGUUUAGAGUUAGCAGUUGGAAAUGGAGAUGGAAGCAUCUAUAAAUACUCUACUGUAGAUGGGAGCUUAUUAAAUUAUUUUAUGGGACAUUUUGAUGCUAUAAAUUCUGUUCAAGUUUUUGGAAACAGAAUUGUGACUAGCUCUGGCCAAAGACAUUAUGAAGAAGUCGAAAACCCUUGGGGUAGCUUAAUUAGGGUAUGAAGUUAUGAAUAG